AGACGACUCAAUCUCCAACACUGAUGUGAAAACAGUAACAUCUGCUCGGAAGGGAGACAACGUUUUAACGGAUUUCGGGAAGCUAUGGUUAACUGUGCCUGUCACCGCAUCGCCGGCUUUUUACGUGGAGAAUCCGCAGUGUUGUGGGCGAAAAUUUCGCGUUGUAGCAUGGCUAACGUCCCUUUUGUUGCCCCGUGUUUUUACUACUACUAGCAAGAGGGGGAAACCUGAAGUAAGCUGCUCGACUCGAUAAAAAUGAGAGGAUUACACACGGAGAAAGUAAAGUUUUCCGACUUAACGUAACGUUUGUUUUCCUGCGAUGUUUAGUGCGACUGCUAAAAUGUCUCUGGAGGCGAGUGAUGUUCAAACGGAUGAAGACUGUGAGGAGCUGGUUGAGGAUGGCUUCUCUUUUUCUGCUGAUUUUCUGGAAAAGAAAACCAGAAGGAAAAGAUCUUCUGGGAAGCCUCCUCUUUCUCCAAGGUCGCCAUACCUCUCCAGCCUGAACGUGAACCCCAGAAGAGCAGCCGUGGCUGCCUGGAGACUACCGAGAGCGUCCCUAGGGGACACCAGAGGAGAACCUACUGGGGAGGGUGGAUCAGCUCGUCUUACGUCCCUCAGCAACGGUCAUGAUCUGUCCCAGACGCUGAGAUCAGAGUGUGACGUCACACCAGAGCUUCUUAAACAGACGCUGAGCUUGAGGAAACACAAACAUCUCCACUCUGCAUCCAACGGCUUCAACUUCAGCACAGGUGACUACAGAGAGAAGGAGGACAUGUAUGAUGAGAUUAUUCGCCUCAAGAAGAGUCUCCAGGCACAGAAGUCUGACAACCACCAAAUGAAAGCGAAACUACGCCGCCUGGAGGAAGAUAAUGCUAAAAGAGAGAAACAGAUAGAAGAACUAUUGGAUCCAACUAAGGGAUCUGAAUACACUCGUUUUUUGGUGGAUAAGAAAAAAGAAGGGAGUGUGGUUCUCAAUGGGCUGAAGCAGAGAAUCCUGAAGUUGGAGCAGCAGUGUAGAGAGAAAGAAAAUGCCCUGAGUAAACUGCAAAGUGAGCUGAGGACCACCAACUUGGAGGAGCUGAAGGUCACAGUAGAAACCUACUUUGAAGAGAUCCAAAGACUGAGGAUGCUUCUAGAAGCUGCAGAGAAAAGUAGUCGAACGGAGAGUAAAUGCUCCCAGAGGCAGCAGAAAGCUUUAAGUGCCACGGUUCAUCGUCUGUCUGAGAACCUGAAGCAGCUUCAACAGGAGAACACAACACUCAGAGAAGAACUCAACACUGACAGUCCUGCUGCAGGAAUCAAAGGUUACCGAGAGUGGAGUAAACAGAGACUGUUGCGAAGGUUGUUGGAAGUGGAGAAGAGGCCGGAGGAGUGCAGAAGACACGCCCACCCAGUGAAGAGCAGCUGCCGAUUGGAUCAGGAGGUCCAGGUCACGCCCACUGAGAUUCUGGGAUUUACCAUGGCAACAGAGGCAGUGGUCUCCGUGGGAACGAUCACUGAAGAAGGGGAGGAGGUUUCAUAUCUGAGAGAACGCCUCAGCCAAUUGGAGAAGGAGGAGGUGGAGCUUCAAGAGGCGCUGUCAAGUAAAGAUGAUGAACUCAUACAGUUAAGGACAGAAAGACAAGAAUUGGAGAAAGAAACAGAACGAUGGAAGACUGAGCAAACAAAUGAAUGGGACAAAGAGAGACAGCAGCAUAAACAGGAGUUGGAGCAGUUGUGGGUGAGGAUCCGAACUCUGGAGCACGACAAAAUCAAAGCCACACAAACUGAGGUCUCCUCUCUCUCUGCCACAGCAGUGGACCAUGAGGACAGUCUGGGCAGAUCAGGUCUGAAGGAGGGAGAGGAGAGGGACACUGGAGGUAGAGAUAAGGAAGGGGAAAGAGAUGAUGAUUUGGUUAGAAAUGUCAAGAAGAAGAAGAGUGAAAAAAGACAACACAAAAAGAGAGAGAAAGCAGCAAGGAUCAUCCAGACAAACUGGAGGGAGCACAGGGACAGGGACAUUGUGAUGCUGCAGUCAGCACUAAGAGGCCAUCUCCUCAGAGAGUCGCAGCUCAAGGACCUGCAGAAAGACACACCGAAUAAGGCUGUAGAAGCAACAAACCGCAGUGAUGUAGCUUCCUCUGUAGGUGGAGAGAUGGAUGUGGUUGCCUUGACGAUGAUACAGUCCGCAUUCAGGGGACACCUGGCUCGCUGUAGUCUCGCAAUAGAGAGCUCAGGGUUCUCUGUGCCUUCUCCAACGGGAAACAGUUUCCCCACGCUGGUACCAAGAAGAGCUCGUUCAACACCCAGCAAAACAGGUGCUGCUUCUCUCCAUACUGACGAAAAAAAGCAGGGUGACGAAGAGGAGCCACAGCCUGUCUCUAGCACUCACGCCUCCGGGAUGACACCCACCACAGACCAAACGGAGCUCCAUUGCACAGCGGAGUCUGGAGGAGCUGCUGCAGUCGAUUCUGAUGAUUCUGAUGAUAUCAUCGUGUCUCCGUCACGUCCUCUGAGAAGCAGGGAAGUCUUAAUCUUAUAGACCGCCUGAGUUAUGUGAGUUAAUGUGUGCGUGUGUGAGAGAGAGAGAGAGCUCGGAAGAAUUUCUGCCUUUGUUACUCAGAGCCUAAAUGUCAGAGGCUUAAAUGGCCAUGUUUUUGUCCAAGAACCUGUAAAUGAUAGCUGGGAUAUUCCAAUAUUAUUCAGGACAGUUUGGAACAUGCGCAAUACCUGCCUAAAAGUUUGCCUAUUUUGUCAUCUGCAAGAGCUUCCCCCACAGUAAUAACCAGAAUAUUCUGAGACGUCAGGUGUAGGAUCUUCUAUGACAUGGAAAUAAUGGCACAUCAGCACCUCACUUUGAUCAUGCUCUUAUUCAUAAUGCAUCCAGAGUCUUAACUGAAUGAUUUCCCGGUUUAGUGUUUAAAUAUAUGAAGCAGGGGCUUAGGGAUUUAUUGUCAAAGUGCAGGAAAAAAGCACUCAUGUGAACAGGAAAUGAACAUCCCCAUUCAUUUUUAUCUGUUACUCUUGUGGUUUAUCAUGUGAACCAAAUAUUUUCUUAGUGGUUGUUUUCUUUGCCAAAGUGCCUACUGCAUGAAUAUUCAUAUUCAAAUUACAGAAGUAAGUGCAUUAAUUUCAAGCGAGCCACAUCACUGUAAAUUCCUCUGUAUUUCACAGGCUUGAAAUGAUUAAUGAAUAAUAUUUUGACAUGCCAGAUGUGUAACACAUAAAUGUCCUUACACUAAUCUAUCAUGUACACUUAAUAAAUUAUGACUGACUCUGAGGUAUGAUUGAGGGUUGAUUGUCAACUGAUGCACUAUUGAGCCAAACUGUGAAUAAAUUAUAUAUCAGCCUGCUGCAAUACUAAACACACAGUCAGUACAGUGGAGGAUACACAGGGAGCAUGUCUAAUGCCAAUAAUGUUUAUGCUCAGAAACAGACUAAUGACAGCCUGUAGUGGGGUCAACAACAACAGCGCAGGAGUGCAGUUUCCACAUGACGUAUGUAACUUAAUUUCUGAGACAUUCAAUAAAAUGCUUUGUUUUUAUAAUAAAA